AUGCCACCUAGGAAGAAACAGCCACUGAAGUUAUAUAUUUCAGCUGCGGAUGAGUCAAUCGGAAGUUUGUUAGCCCAGGAUAACGAAGUAGGGAAAGAACAGGCGGUGUAUUACCUUAGUCGUAUUUUGACACCGGUUGAGCGUCAAUAUACGCCAAUCGAAAAAAUGUGUCUUGCUUUGUAUUUUGCUGCUCACAAAUUGAGAAUAUAUAUGCUACCUGUUUUAGUUUAUGUGAUUUGUGCCACUGACUUAAUUAAGUAUAUGCUUUCUCGUCCAAUAAUUUCUAGACGAAUAGGCAAGUGGUCCUUAGCCCUUAUGGAAUUCAGUUUCCAAUAUGUGCCUCAAAGGGCCGUGAAGGGCCAAGCACUUGCUGAUUUCCUAGCUGACCAUCCAUGCUUGGAUGUUGAUCCGGGAGUCUAUGAUGCAAUGGAGUUAUGUGCUAUUCAACUAACUCCUUGGACUCUAAUUUUUGACGGAUCCAGCGCAAAUGAUGUCGGGGGAGCUGGAGUUGUAAUAAUUGCGCCAAAUGGCAGGAAAACAACAUAUUCUUUCUUUUUAGAUUUCAAAUGUUCUAACAAUCAAGCAGAAUAUGAAGCUCUGAUUAUUGGUCUUGAAAUACUCUUAGAGAUGGGGGCACAGACCGUUGAAAUCAUAGGUGAUUCAAGUUUGGUGAUCGGUCAGUUGUCCAACAAUUUCAGGUGCCAAAGUUGGCACCUCAAACCAUUCCACUCUAUAGCCAUGCAAUUACUACAAGAAUUUGCAGAGGUAAAGGUCAAGCAUGUUUAUAGAUUGCAUAAUAAAGAGGCCAAUGAUUUGGCUCAAAUAACAUCUGGCGUUAGGGUGCCAGAAGGAAUAAUGGAGAAUUUGAUCAGAAUAAAGAGAAGAUCAUUACACUCAGUUAAGGCGAGGGAAGAAUUGUUAGCGGAGGUCUUUGCAAUCGAGGUGGAAGACGAUAUGGAAGAGAAUGAUUGGAGAACACCGAUCGUCGAUUUUCUCAAAAAUCCAGACCCUAAGGCUGAUAAGAAGCUAAAGAUCAAAGCUCUUAAGUUUGUGAUGAUUGAUGGAGACCUAUUUAGGAAAAGCAUCAAAGAUGACCUACUCUUAAGGUGUAUCAGUAAGAAAGAAGCCAUGAAAGUAAUGGGAGAGACCCAUGAAGGGAUAUGUGGUGCUCACCAAGCUGGAAUAAAAAUGAAGUGGCUGAUUAGAAGGAACGCUUAUUACUGGCCCGGGAUGCUUAAAGAUUGUAUCACAUACGCCAAAUGA